CAUCACCCCCUGGCUCCUCGCGAUCUUCUUGCACAUAUAAGCAGGACCAAGAUGGCCUGCUCCUCUUCCACCUGUGGCGAUAGCACACUGCGCAUUUUGUUGCCUACUUGGUUCAUGUGUUGUUAGGCCAGGGCUUCAUGGGCGAGUUCCGUGUAGGCGGACGACGUCGAGGAGGUGAAGACGUUGUCCCCGGCGCCGCCGACGCCGAGUCGAUGGUGGCCAGCUUGGAUUCCGGCGCGUCCAGCGGAUCGCUGUGCUCGUCGAUCAUGUCGAGCCUGACAGACGACGACGACGACGCAGAGUCCUCCCUGGUGGCGGGUGAUCCUACGCCGUCGCCGCCGUCGGACGCAAUGCGGCUGGACGGGGGAGGCGGCGGGCCUCUCUACGAGCUGUCGCCGCUGCUGGCGCACCUUCCCGUCAGGACAGGGCUGUCAAAGUACUACAAAGGGAAGUCCCAGUCCUUCACAUCUCUUUCCGACGUCAAAUGCUUGCAAGAUCUCGCAAAGAAGACCACCGCCCACACCGGCAGGAAGGCGAGCCGUUCGUCGAUUUCGCUUCACGUUCCAGGGCCUCGCAGCAAGACGAUAACGAAGAAGACGGCGCCGAGGGGCUCAUCGGGCCGGGAGCCGUCAAGAGCAUGGAGCAGGGGCUUUCCGCACAGAAGCGGUAAACCACCUGCGUACCAGAGCAAGAAAGAGCUGUGCAGCAGAGAUUUCUGCUAGCUAAAGAAAGGCAAUGCAAGGUUUUGUAACAUGGGGCGAGAUAAUGUUUCUGCUAGCUAAAGGCACCGGAGGCAGAAAGAGUACCCCCAGAUUCCAUGUCUUCGUCUGCCAGUAGAGAUUUCUGCAACUGAAGUUCUUGGGAGCAUGUUUUGCUUCUAUUUUCAUCCGUGACCAAUAUUAGUGAUAACUGCA